GGCGCUGGUGUUUGCGGAAGUGCGUGCGUUUAACUGCAGUGUCAAGCUUCACCUCAGCAAGAGGAGCAGCUGUUUCUCAGCGCUAUUUUCAAAAAACUCCUCUUGGCUUCCUCUCCAGCGUGGAAAAACCAACCGAGCACCUGCCGGACUGUCGCACUUGACUCCUGACAACAUAAAGAGUGACUUAUUAACGUGGAGUGGAUAUUAAGUUGUGUUUGUAUGGACUGAGAGGCAGAUGUCUCUCUUUAGGACUCACUGUUUUCUUCCCGUCCUCUGCUGCUCUUCUCUGGAUCUCGCAUCAAACUGAACUGUCGACAUGGGCGUCCUUCCCACCCUAUUCAAGGUGGCGCGUAGGGGGAAGUGUCUGUUACUUCUGGUGUUGUGUCUGUGCGUUUUAGCAUGGAUAGCGGCGAUUUCCAGCGAUGAUGUGGUUAAAGAGAGUCCGUUUGAAGACUUGAAGGCCAUCGAGGAGUCUCCGAGACGAGAGCUUGAAUCAGAGAUGAUACCGAGUGUAGAGGAGCAGACCCUCAAAGAGAGCUGUCCGGAGCGUUCCCCCCUGCUCCGAGGCGCUCUCAAGCUGACAUUCGAGGCCUCUGUGACGCUGGAGCAGGUAGAGAGCGAGAACCAGGAGGUCGUGGGGGGUCAGUAUAACCCCGCCGACUGUGUCGCCCGACAGAGCGUUGCCAUCCUUAUUCCGUACAGAAACAGAGAGAAGCACCUGCUCUACUUCCUCUAUCACCUUCACCCUUUCUUACAGAGACAGCAGCUUCAUUACGCCAUCUACGUCAUUCAUCAGGCUGGUGAUGUGACGUUUAACAGAGCAAAGUUGUUAAAUGUUGGUUAUCUGGAGGCUCUUAAGGAUUACAACUGGGACUGUUUUAUAUUCCACGAUGUGGAUCUCAUCCCUGAGAACGAUGAGAAUUUAUACGUCUGUGAGGAACAGCCCAAACAUCUAGUGGUGGGGAGGAAUUCCACCGGCUACAAGCUGAGAUAUAAAGGGUACUUUGGGGGAGUUUCAGGCAUGACAAAAGACCAGUUCCACCUGGUGAACGGCUUUCCAAACACAUACUGGGGCUGGGGCGGAGAGGACGAUGACCUCCGAAUACGGAUACAACUACAGAGAAUGACAAUAGUGCGGCCGCCCGCCGAGGUGGCGCGUUACACCAUGGUCUUUCACAAGAGAGACAGCGGAAAUCAAGUGAAUAAAGACAGGAUGCUUCUGUUACGCCGUACUCCUCAGACGUGGAAGAAGGACGGUUUAAAUUCCUGUUCCUACAACAUUCUGUCUGUCAACAGAGAACCUCUCUACAUCAACAUCACCGCAGACAUCGGCCAGCCCGAGCAUGCUCAUUGAGCCGUGUGUGCGCUAUAGUCCAGAGACCGUUUGUAUUGAAACACACAGGGAGGAACUCUUCCUCUAGCGUUCACAAGUGCCUUUCAGAUUCAGCUCUGCUGUGGCCUGCACCUGCUUUUAAAAUCUCUCUAAAGUUCAGACUGCCGUCACAGGUCCAGAUAAUGUGUGUUUAUCUCAUCUUAGAAUGUUAUUAAACAUCUUCAGAUAUAGAAACGAAUUAUUUUUUACUGAAUGUGAACUGAGUUAAAUGUGCAGGGGGUUUGCUCGACCGGUCUGAAUUCAGCUCGGUUUGUUUCAGGUCUGGUGAGCUGGGGCCGGUUGCACCAGCUGUGUAUAAACUUCAAUUUUGAUUAGAAUUGCCGCAAAGAGAAUUAAGUUACAAUUUACACACUGCUGAAUGUGUUUGCGUUCCACCAUUAAACUUAGUGUAACGUCUAAACUAAAUAUUUGCGGAAGCCUCCUGUCAGGAGUAACAGUUGAAAUAAAAUAGCAGACUCGCUUAACUAAAUUGACGAAACACAAUCAAUAAACUCAUCAGUCAUAAAAAAUGUCAUUUAUUUUUUAUCAGUGUUUUUUUAUUUUUGCGAGUAUUAUUUACAUAUAAAAUACCUAUUGUGUUUAUAAUGAUUAAACUAUAACUAAUUAACAUAUUUUCUCAUGAAUUUAAAGACUGCUAAUGGAUUAUUGAUGGUGACUACGCAUUACUUUACAGUGAGUUUACGACCUGCUAACUGUGUUAAAUUAUGUGUUUAUUAUGCCUUAAAAAUAAAUGGUGCCACAGAAAUAAGUAGAGUAAUUUACAAACUAGGUAAACCUGGAUUUUACAUUUUAAUUUAGGAGCUUAUACAAAUGGCUGGUGCAACCCUCUCCUGAUGUCUUGAAUCAGUGUCUUUAAACAAUUUAUACGGGAAUGAAGGUUUAUAAUCAGAUCAGUUGAUUUUUGUUUUGGUGAAGUGUAGUUGUUGGUGCUUUUGGUAUUGUUUUUUAUUGUUCACUCACAGUAUUGGUUGGUGUUACUGUACCGGAUCAAUAUUAGCUUAUCUUAUCUUCUUAUCCUUUGUUUUUACAUUUAAUGAAACCAUUGAAAUGGAAAAUGGGACCAAGAUGACCAGGACUGGGGUAGAAGAUGCUGAAUAUUUUAUUUCAAGGUUUAGUAUGUUUUGACAGUUUCGUAUUGCUAGUUUUUAGAACGAUCCAUCAAAUAAAAUACAUCCUUCCAAGAGAAAUGAAGUUUAUAAAAAAUAAUGUGGUGUGAUACAAAUGUGCUGUUUAUUGUGGAGUUUAUUCAUGUAUAAACAGUGCAACUCUUUUUAAAAAACACUGGAGUCCUUG